AUGGGAGGCCGGUGCAAUUUUUCAGGGAGGCCGGUGGGGCUCUCUAAAGAAUUUUUGCUUCAUAGUGAUCACCAAGCGUUCCGUUACAUUCAUUUUAAGAAAGGAAGCAACAGGAUGCAUGCUAGAUGGUUUCUCUACCUUGAGCAUUUUACCUUUGUGAUCAAGCACAAGGCCGGCAAAACCAACAAGGUGGCUGACGCUCUUAGCCGAAAACCAAACUUUCUUACCACUCAAAAACCGGAUCUUCUUCACACGUUGGCAAAUGAGAUAAUCAGCUUGGAGAGCUUGCGGGAUCAAUAUGAAGGCGACGAGGACUUCGGUGACGUUUGGGAGAAGUCCACGCGGGGACUCCGCGUGGUGGACUACCAUGUCCACCAAGGGUAUCUAUUCAAAAGGAGCCGGCUUUGCAUUCCACAUUUUUCUCUCCGGGAGCAACUGAUUCGGGAAUUGCACGCUGGUGGGCUAGCUGCUCACCCGGGCGUGAUCGGACCACUGAACUCCUCGUGGAGAGGUUCUUUUGGCCUCGAAUGCAUCGGGACAUUGACUCCUUUGUUCGGCGGUGUGGCACUUGUCAGACUCCCAAAGACUCCAUUGAACUUCGAUUAUGUGAUGGUGGUUGUUGACCGGUUUUCGAAGAUGGCGCAAUUUGUAGCUUGCAAGAAGAUAGCUGAUGCAAGUAAUGUUGCUCGCCUAUUCUUUAAAGAAAUAGUCCGCCUACAUAGGGUUCCGAGAACAAUUACUUCUGACCGCGACAUCAAGUUCAUCAACCAUUUCUGGAGAGAGUUGUGGAAGCGAUUCGAUACGACCCUCCAAUUCAGUAGCACCGCCCAUCCGCAGACUGAUGGCCAGACUGAAGUGGUGAACCGAACUUUAGGGAGCAUGGUUCCAAAUCACACCGUAGACUUGCUUCAUCUUCCCCAUUUCAAGAGUAAGACUGCCGUUGAACUAGCAGAUCAUGUGGUGCAAACACAUCAAGAGGUUAAGAAAAGCUUAGCCCGAGCUAACGCAAAGUACAAGGAGGCUGCGGACAGGCACCGUUGA